AUGAUCAUCACGGACAGAUCUGUUGCUGACAAGGUUAGCAGCAGAGGCGCUGGCACUUUUGAAGCGGAUCGAGUCGGAACGACUCUCGGCGGAGCAACAAGCGCGGGGGGAUGUCGCCGAGCCGCAUUUUCGAAAGCCGCAAAGUCCCGUUCUGUCGCAGACGCUGCUCUGCGGGCGAUGUGGCGAUUGUGCGAAGGCGGCGGGGCGAAGGUGAUCGCGGCGACGCGGGUGGAUAGGGCGAAUGGGGAGGUGGAUGGGGCGAAUGGGGAGGCGGAUGGGGCGAAUGGGGAGGCGGAUGGGGCGAAUGGGGAGGCGGAUGGGGCGAAUGGGGAGGCGGAUGGGGCGAAUGGGGAGGCGGAUGGGGCGAAUGGGGCGCAUGAGGCGAAUGGGGAGGCGGAUGGGGCGAAUGGGGAGGCGGAUGGGGCGAAUGGGGAGGCGGAUGGGGCGAAUGGGGAGGCGGAUGGGGCGAAUGGGGAGGCGGAUGGGGGCGAAUGGGGAGGCGGAUGGGGCGAAUGGGGCGCAUGA